AUGAAGGUGAGCGUUUCCUUUUCUCUCAGCACCGUCCUGGACAAGCGAGGAGACGUUGGCGUCCACAGGAAGGUGAUCGACAACGUCCAGACUCCUCUGGGGAUCGCCGUCGACUGGGUCUACAAGAACCUGUACUGGUCCGAUCUGGGAACCAAAACCAUUUCUGUGGCAAACUUCAACGGAACCAAACGGAAAGUUCUGUUCAACACGGGCCUGAAAGAACCCGCCUCCAUCGCUGUGGAUCCUUUGUCUGGGUUUCUGUACUGGUCUGACUGGGGAGAGCCGGCCAAGAUCGAGAAGUCUGGUAUGAACGGAGCGGACCGGCAGGUUCUGGUGGCGACUGACAUCCAGUGGCCAAACGGGAUCACACUGGAUCUGAUCAAAGGCCGGCUGUAUUGGGUCGACUCCAAGCUGCACAUGCUCAGUAGCGUCGAUCUGAACGGAGACAACAGGAACAAAGUGCUGCAGUCUGCAGACUUCCUGGCUCAUCCAUUCGCUCUCACCGUGUUCGAGGAUCGGGUUUUCUGGACGGACGGUGAAAACAAAGCCGUCUUCGGCGCCAAUAAGUUCUCUGGUUCUGAUGUCGUCACGCUCGCCAGCAACCUGAACGACCCUCAGGACGUCAUCGUCUACCAUGAGCUGAUCCAGCUGGCUGGUACCAACUGGUGCACAGAGAAAAGUGAAAAUGGCGGCUGCAGCUUCUUGUGUCUUCCUGCUCCACAGAUCAACAAACAUUCCCCCAAGUACAGCUGCGUGUGUCCUGCAGGCCAGGAGCUGGCAGCAGACGGCCAGCGCUGCAGACCCGAAGCCAAUGUGAGCACAUCUAUCCAGGUGGACUCCACAGCCAGAGGCUCUGCUGCUGCCUGGGCCAUCCUACCUGUCUUGCUGCUGGCCAUGGCCGGAGCGGGCGCCUACCUGAUGUGGAGGAACUGGCAGAUGAAGAACCAGAAGAGCAUGAACUUUGACAACCCAGUCUACCUGAAAACCACAGAAGAAGACCUCAACAUCGACAUCACCCGCCACGGCGCCAACGUGGGCCACACCUACCCAGCGAUUUCCAUAGUGAGCACAGACGAUGAUUUAUCCUGA